UCUAAAAAACAAAAAAUCCCAAAAAUGCAAGCCAGCUGCGAGUGUCUCGUGUAGAUUCGUAGCAACGAAGCGAGAAACCUGAGACGUUUAGCUUUGGAUAUAUAAAGGUCUGCUCGAUUUAGGGCUUGUCUUGCCUCUCUAUCUCGAUCUUCUCGAGAAUCGUCCGCUGAUUUUAAGGAGCUAGUUCUCUACUUGCUUUGAUCGGUACAUUACUUCUGAGGCUUGCAAAACAGCAGCGUCCAAUAUGGCGUCGGAUAAUGCAACAGAUUUGAAAGAUGAGAUUUCAGAGCUUGCCCCCUUUGAUCCCACGAAGAAGAAGAAAAAGAAGAAGCCGGUGGCUCAAGAUCAUGUUGAAGAGGUGGAGAAGUUAGUUGAAACAACGGAGAAUUUAUCAGUCGAAGAUGCUGGUGAAUCUGUAUUUUCAGGAAUGAAGAAGAAGAAGAAGAAGCAGGUGGAAUUGGACAUAGAGGAAAAUGAGGAAGGGGAUGCUGGCGAGGAUAAUGAUGAUGGCAAACUUGGUGAGGAUGAGCAAGGGGAGGGUAUUAUAUUUGGUGGUGAACAAUUACCUUGGGAAGGUACUGACCGAGAUUACAAAUAUGAAGAGCUUCUGGACAGGGUCUUCAAUACUUUACGUGAAAAUAAUCCAUUGCUUGCGGGAGACAGGCGCAGAACUGUGAUGAGGCCCCCACAAGUUCUUCGAGAAGGAACUAAGAAGACGGUCUUUGCAAAUUUUAUGGAUUCCUGCAAGACGAUGCAUAGGCAACCAGAACAUGUCAUGACUUUCUUACUAGCUGAAAUGGGAACCACUGGAUCUCUUGAUGGACAGCAGAGAUUGGUUGUGAAGGGGAGAUUUGCUCCUAAGAACUUUGAGGGUAUCCUUAAGAGAUAUAUCAAUGAGUAUGUUAUUUGCAAUGGCUGCAAGAGUGCUGAUACCAUUCUGUCAAAAGAGAAUAGGCUAUUCUUCCUCCGUUGUGAGCAGUGUGGUUCUUCGCGGUCGGUAGCGCCGAUCAAAGCCGGCUUUGUUGCCCGCGUUGGCCGUCGCAAGGCUGGGGUUUAAUUCCACACUAACCUUCAAAGGGUUCCCAUAAAAUCUAAACUGAUGUAAGGAAUUUGGAAGUAGAGCUGAUGAACUAUUAUGCAUUUGGUUAUACUGUUAAAUACUAGUUAUUGUAUCUCAUACAGUGAGUUUACUAGCAGCUUUUGAACUAAAUUUGCUUGUUCAUGUUCCUUUCA